AGUAUUAAUCAAAAACAUCCCUAAAUCUCCAUUCUCUUACAAAAACAAGAAGAGAGAAAAAAAAAGCAAUUCCUUUUAGCAGUGAAUAGUAGUAAUAAUAAUCCAUCACUGUUUACCGCCGUGAACCGCCGUGUCUCCGCCGUGAACCGCCGUGAACCACCGUGUGGCAAUCGAAAUGGCAUCUUCGGGUGCGGCGGCAGCUGAUCCGAUACCGAUGAGGGAUGAAUUUGAGGAAGAUGAAGAAGAGGAAUACGAAGAAAUCGAGGUUGAAGUAGAAGAAGAAAUCGAAGAAGAAGAAGAGGUAGAAGAGGAGGAGGAAGAAGAAGAGGAAGAAGUACAAGCUGAAGAGGAAAAAGGUGAAGGAUCAAUUCCAAUGAACGUAGAUGAUCAAAAAGAAGAGGAGGAAGAAAAAGGCCAAGGAUCAAGCCCACUCAAUGUAGCUCAUCAAAAAGAAGAGGCAGAAGAAGAGGUAGAGGCGGAGGAGGAAGAGGAGGUGGAGGAGGAGGAGGAGGAGGACGAAGAAGAAGAAAAUGGUAAAGGAUCAAGUCCACUCAGUGUAGAUGGUCAAAAAGAGGAAGAAGAAGUCCAAGAUGAAGUAGAAAAAGGUCAAGGAUCAAGUUCGCUCAAUGUAGAUAAUCAAAAAGAUGGUAACCAAAUUCUGGAGCCUUUGGGGCUUGAACAGCACUUAAGACCAGCCUUUUCUACUCAACAAGAACCUGUAGCAAAUUUGCUGCAACAUACCCCUUUAAUUAAAGGUGGUAAUGACAGUUGCAGAAUUUCCAAUUCAGAUGAAACAAGAGAGAGGAUAGAUGGAAAAAGAAUCCUCAUAAAUUCUGAUGUCCAAGCUUCUGGAUGUGAGUGUGGUGAAACAAAUACAAAGAGAAUCCAGCCUUUUGGUCACGAACUGGAUGCUGAAAUAUUGACUGAUGUUAAAGGCAAGGAGGCUGUUGGAGUUCAAUUUACUGAAGGAGGUGAUCAAGAAGCUGUGAAUGAUUUAAAGCAAACAUCACGAAGGUUGGAUGUUCUCAAGACAAGGCAAAGAAGUUUGUCCCCUGCUGCUGAUUCUAGGGGUGGAAGCAAAAGAUUAGCAAUGAGAUGUGAGUUUUUUGCCAGGGGUUGGUGCAUCAAAGGGAACUCCUGUAGAUUUCUUCACAUAAAGGAGCAUGUGACUAGCCAUGAGAAGGAUGGUAGUCUAGAUGAGACGAUGAUGAAAAGCAAAAUUGCAGAUGACAAAGGUUUGGAAGAGAACUGCAAAACGUCUGUACUGGAUGGUUCUUCUGAUUCAGUACAGUCGGCAGUUAGAUCGGGAGAAAAUCUAAAACUGAGAGAGGAGUUGUAUAUGCGUACGGGUGGACCUUCGUCCACUCCAGACAUUGGAAGAGAGAGUCUUGGAUGCAAUCCAUACUUAGCUGCUUAUAGCGCCUCGUCUUCUCAAUUUCUCAAAGAUGGCUCUUUACAUAAGAAUAGCCUCCAUCAUGAUCUGCGUCAUUGUUCUUCUUCCCGGAAGGUCGAUGCCCUUGAUGAUCAGAGGCUUUUGGAUAGUAGCCAAGAAUAUUCUUCUUCUAGAUCCACCUCUUUGCAGCAUAAAUCUUCAGCAUUUCCUAGUUCCAAAGCCAGACUUUCUCAGAUUGAUUUAUCACGGGACACACGACACUCAUCUGAUUAUAGAACUGUUGGGUCUUUUGACGAUUGGGAGCCAUCUGUUCCUUUUCGACCAUCAUUCUUGCUUACUCAAAUGAUUGGAUUCCCUGAAAGCCUGUAUGAUCCUAUUCGUGAUAGUAUUGAUCAAAGUAAUGUAGGAGAUGGGCCCUCAAAAUUCUCUACCUCUGGAAAAGGAGGGUCUGUAUUAACCAAGCAUAUGCAGGCAAAUGCUGAUCCAGUUUCAACAGGAACCUUGGGUCCAGAACAGAGCUCCAAUAAAGUUCCAAUUUCUGGUCAAAUCCACCAUAGGGAUAUAUUGCCCGACAACCUGUCCGAUAAAGAUUUGCCUAGUAAUGAAACAGAUACAGCAGAUACAGCAGUUGCUCAUCAGGAAAACAUGAAUACCUCUUCAAAAGAAGAGAAGCUUUCAAGUUCUGCCAACCUCAAAGGUGUCACAAAAGCAGAUAAAUUUAAUUUAUCUACUGAACUACUGCACAGCAGGCCACGGAAAAAGACGCAUUUAGAAUCUGAAAGGCUCAGACAAGGAAAUGAAAUUGAUACUGAUUGGAAGACGGACAGAUCUGUGAACAAAGAGUCAAGAGUUAUGAAGCAGUUUCAUGCUGCUCUUGUGGAAUUUGUUAAAGAACUAUUAAGGCCAACUUGGAGUGAAGGUCUCAUGAGUAAGGAUGCUUACAAGAUGAUAGUCAAGAAGACAGUUGAUAAAGUUGAACACUCUUUGCAUCCCAAUCAGAUUCCUAAUACUGCUGAAUCAAUCGAAGAGUAUUUUGAUAUAUCUCAGCCAAAACUUGCUAAGCUAAUUGAGGCGUACGUGGAAAAAUAUGGAAAAUCCUGAUAAUAUGAAUGAGCUUUGCUCAGAAUAAGGGGGUGCUUGGAUAUAUAUGGAAAAUCUUGAAACUAUCAUAUUAGCUAUGGUUAGCAUAUUGCCAGCAAUAGCGAAUUGGUGAAACACUAAUUUGCUAUUUCUAGGGGUUAGAAUGAAGACUUGGAAACCAUUUAUUUUCUGUACGGAUUUUAUCUGUUUAUAUUAGAAACUUUUCUGCUACCUUUAUGGGUUGAAAGAACUUUUCCAUCG